AUAGUUUUCAUUUUAAAUUUACGGGCGCCAUGUUUAGAAGAGUACAUUUUUUUUCUGAGGAUCUUAAAGCAAUUGCAGCCAGUAUAUUUUUCUCACAAGCUUCAUAAAUCAUAACAUUAUAAAAAAUUAUACCAAUCAGAAAAUAAAUAACAUUUCUUUAAAUAUAAAUACAGGAAAAGUGUGAUUGUUAAAAUAGAAGAAAAUACUUUUUGUUUUUAAUUAACUGCAAAUUUAAAGUGAUGUGCAUUAAUCUUCAAAUUUAGAAUGAAAUCUUCCCUGUGAUAUAUAUGUACAUGAAUAGUCAACUUUUUUUUUCUUGCCGUUGUCAGUCCCAUUUUGCUAAUUUAAUUGAAAUUGUUAAAGCUAGGCCAAAUAAUAUUCCAUUUUGUGUAAUUCGUUCCCGUGAUUGAUACUUGAUUUAGUUUUCUUAUUUAUUUGUCUCUCUUCACUGGUAUAUGGUGAUCCCAAAAGACACUGCUGCUGCCAUCAAUUCAAUCUUAAAUUUUAAUAAUUAUUUAAAAGAGCGGAGCACCUGCACACGGACACGGACACCUCAUACAAAUUGCGAUGGCUGACUUUGAUCUGAACGUGGACAGUCUAAUUCAGCGUCUUUUGGAAAGCUAUAAAAAGGAAAAAGAGCGGGAAGCAAGUGCUUUGAAAUUGCUGCAAGAAGAAAAUCAAGAUUUAAUUUCUUCACCAUCAAGUGAGACACAUGUAUCGGCAGAAGGCGAUCAAAUAACAAUCCACCAUCAGCCCAAGGAAGAAAAGAAAAAGCCGCGCCUCAGAGACUUCUUUAUAUCUGAAUUUGUGCGAGGAUGUCGUCAAGGUAAAGCUGUACAAAUGUCCGAAGCUGAAGUACGUGGCCUUUGUCUAAAAUCACGAGAAAUAUUUCUGCAGCAACCCAUUUUGCUUGACUUAGAAGCUCCACUUAUCAUUUGUGGUGACAUUCACGGGCAAUAUACAGAUCUACUUCGUCUUUUUGAAUACGGAGGCUUUCCACCUGCAGCCAAUUAUUUAUUUUUAGGCGAUUACGUAGAUCGAGGCAAACAGUCACUAGAAACGAUAUGUCUACUGUUGGCAUAUAAAAUUAAAUAUCCUGAAAACUUCUUCCUCUUGCGUGGUAAUCACGAGUGUGCUAGUAUUAAUCGAAUCUAUGGAUUCUAUGACGAAUGUAAACGCAGGUACAAUGUUAAGCUUUGGAAAACCUUUACAGACUGCUUCAAUUGCCUACCGAUAGCGGCAAUUAUCGACGAAAAAAUAUUCUGUUGCCAUGGUGGAUUGAGUCCCGACCUCCAGAGCAUGGAACAAAUAAGGCGCUUGAUGCGACCAACAGAUGUACCAGACACAGGUUUGCUCUGUGAUUUGCUUUGGAGUGAUCCAGAUAAAGAUGUCGAAGGUUGGGGUGAGAAUGACCGAGGCGUAAGCUUUACUUUUGGGGCAACAGUCGUAUCAAAAUUUCUGCGAAAACACGACCUAGAUUUGAUAUGCCGGGCUCAUCAGGUUGUUGAAGAUGGAUAUGAGUUCUUUGCUAGACGUCAAUUAGUUACAUUAUUUUCGGCACCGAAUUACUGCGGAGAGUUUGACAAUGCUGGUGGAAUGAUGACAGUGGAUGAUUCCUUAAUGUGCUCAUUCCAGAUUUUGAAACCAUCUGAAAAGAAAGCCAAGUAUCUCUACACCGGAACAAAUUCAUCACGACCAACGACUCCACAGCGCAAUACACAGUUGAUUACAUCGAAUAAAAAGAAAUAGUAUAUCCAUUCACUUCCAUUUUCCUAAAAAAAUGUUUAAAUAUAAAAACGCUAAAAUAUAUAUACAAAAUUGAAAAAGAGUCCUAAAAAUAUAAUUUAAAAUAUUUAUUCUGAAAUGAUUUGUCCAAAUAAUAAGAAAAUAAGAACUAACUAAAGUUAAAAAAGCAGUUUUGUUAAAACUCAAUAUUUUAUACUAUUAAUAGAUCAAUUUAUUUUCCAGAGAUUUCAGAAAUCUCGAAACUUUUACAGUCGUAUUCAUUUAUACAUAUUUAUUAAAAUUGCUUUAAAAAAUUUACAUUAAUUUGUAUCUAUAAUCAAUUUUCUAGAUAUACUUCACUUACUGACCGUAAUGCAAUUCAGUAUAAUAUCUGCUGAAUGUUUCUAGUACGCUUUGUGCGUUAACCUAUGUUAUUGAGAGGACCGACCUAAGGACUUUGUUCGCUUUAGUAAUACAGUUCGUAUUUAAACCAAUGUCCUCCAUGAGAAUAAGCAUGUACCUGUAACCUACUGCAUUAUUUCUUAUGAAAACAUCCAUCGGUUAUGCAGCUGUUAUAGAGGCUUGCUCAUGAUCAUUCUGGUUAGUGCUUAUACAACGUAGACAUCUAUUAAAUUUAAACAAAAAAUAAUGUUUUUUCGUUUAAGUACAUUUUAAAGACCUUUUACGUUUAAAAUUGUGGUCAAAAUCCCUUGCGGCUGGUUUAUAAAUUCACAAAUAGGUUAUAUUAUUAAUGGCUGAGACCUUUCCAACAAAUGCAAUAAACAAUUAAAGGAAAAAAAAACAUUGCCCAUGGAAUAUGACCCAAGGUUAAUUUUUAUUGUUCCCAUUAUUGAAAUAGAGAUAUAGUGCAAUCAUCUUUUAUUAAAUUUUGCUCCCAUAAGACCCCGUGGUAUUUAAAUUCUCUGUACAAACAAAAGCUGCACAUGUGUCAACAUGAAAAUAAUUUUAAUCUGGCUUUUAGAAACCUUGUUAGAAUUUUAAAAUUGAUUAUAGAUUCCAAUUUCCUACUUCGGAAUUAUUUUAAAGUUAAGAAGCCUUUACAAUAGUUUUCAAAAUACGACUGUAAAUUUUCAAAAAUAUUAAAUAAAACGUUCUCAACACCUAAGGAAGAUUUGUUUUGUUAAAGUAUACUCUGAUCAAAAUUGAAAUUAAAAUACAAUUUCUUUCAGUGCAAGCGCCGACUCGAAUAAAUUAGCUCAUGACUUUUAGAAAUUUUACUGUCACUUAAUCCAUAGAUUGAAAAAAUGUAAAUAAUGUUUCCUCUCUAAUACCUAUUGCAUGUGCAAUUUUAUUGAAUUUUAAGAACACAUACAAGAUUAAAGUAAAAGUCAAAUUAUAAAUAAAGGAAAAUGAGUAACAUCAAUGUUAAAGGGAAGUUAUUGGUAACUUUCCAUGAAUUAAAAAUAAUAAAAGAACUUUAUAAUAAAUUAUAAAAAAAAUCAUCAUGGUUGGCGAAUAAAUUCGCUUAACAGUAAGAUAAUAUUAAUUAUUAUAUUCUAUCUACCAGAAAUUACCCAUACGACUUGAAAUUAAUUGGUACCCCUUGUACCAUUUUUUGUUUCCGAGACUCCUCUGUCGGUUGAGUGAUAUAAAAAUCCAUAAAAUCCUGAUCUAAUUAUUUCCAAAUUCGGUUAUCUGCUAUUGUAUUGAAGACGAGUUUCUAAUUAAUAAUAUAGUGACCAAAAGCUAGAAUUUCAAUGAAGAACAAAAUGCAAUAUAUUCGGCUAUCAGCCUCUAUAUAAAAUAACAAAAGUUUCCAAAUUGUUUAUGUAUGAAAUUUUUUAUAGUUAUUAAUUUAUUGUUUCAAAAAUUAAUAUUGUACAAACAAUUUUUAAAAAAAUGUAUCUGGAAAAAUGCAUCAUUUUAUUUUGUUGAGCUUGUAAUACCCUCAUAAAUAAAAAUUAUUUGACAUAGUGUAUACUUACAGUUAUAUUAUAUGAAACAAGUUGAUUAUGUACUAAAUUAUUAUUAUUAUUUUAUAUUAUCUUUUAACUGAAGUUUUUAUAGUUUGAAUUUCGUGUUGUUUUUUGUUUUAUUUUUAAUAAAAAAGCAAUCAAGCAUUUAA